AGUUGUGAAUAUCUAAUUAUUCCAAAGAGAGGUAUAAACGACUUUUAUAUGGUAAUAUUAUAUAUAUAUAUAUACAUAUAUUUCAGUGGUGCAUAUAUCAAACCACUCACAAUAUACUCUUAGCGCGCUUUCAUCCACCAAUUUCUCUCCAUGUAGCUCAAUUCUCUUCCAGUUGAAAUUCACAUGUGCAAAAAAUUGCAACAUUUCCAAUUAGCCUUACAUUUUGUCUUCGUGCAGCUCAAUUACUUACACAUACGAACUAAAUCCCAAUCAGUUACUGAGUACUGCUACGAAUAUCCACUCAACUCAUUCAAACGUGUUUUACUUCGUUUCAAUGGGUCGCCCUAUUUGUUCAUACCGCUGGCCACUGUGCCGCGCUGUCCAAGUGUAGUAUAUCAACUAUAUUUGAGUGUUUUAGAUCUCAGACGCGACUGCUACUUUUGAAUUGUAAAGCUGCGGAUUCUGUCGUUGUCGCUGCCGUUGGAGCGUAAGCGUCGCUGCUGCUGAUGCCUCAAAUUGAUAGAUGUCAAUGCCGUCGCUAAGAAAUCAAUUUUGUGUAUUGUCGCAUAUGCCAAAGUGAACGUGAAGAAGUGUUGUGUUUUGGGUUUUAUUCCCAUGAUAUCAGUUAAUUUUUUCAAAAUUGCAUAGAGGAAAAUUGGAAAAUUUUAAAUACUCAAACACGAAAUAAAUACAAGUGCAUAACAAGAAUAAAUGUUAAACACAAUACAUACAAGAUAAAUACAUCAAAUAAGCUUUAGAAAAGAAAAUAAUAAAAUAAGAAACAACCGCGAUAUAAUAUACAUAUAUAUAUUCUUCCCUUAAAAGAAAAAUGGUAGCCAUAAUGCUGUUAUUAUCUGAUCUUCAACAAUGUAGUUUACUAUCUUUACAAAUUUGUUCGCCGACUGAUUAUUACUGCCAUUAUAAAUGAAAACAUUUGAUAAGUGGCACAAUUUCUUCUAUUACAUCGGAYAUAUUAUAUUACCUUGUUUCAAAGAUUCCGUUUACAAAGAAAAUUCAUUUGAUGAAACUAGAUUACAACCAUCAUGGUAAGACUCGGAUUAAAUUCACUCAUUUUACCAAGUCAUGCUGGAAAAGGGUACUGCUUCUUUGGUAUUCUUGUCAAUAUUGUUUAAUUUUAUAGUUCUACACAAGAAUGAUAUAUUUCCUUUUUUGCAAUGUUUUUUGAAAAUCUGUUUAUCAGUAAUUUUUUAAAAUUAAAUUUCACUUAAUUUACUUCUUUAAUUUUUGGUUUACUUCAAUGAAAGCUUAAGUUAAAAUACGGUUAUCUCAUAUUCAAGAACACAAAUUCGUAAAAGAAUGAUCCAUUAAUCGGUAGCUGUUCCCAAUGUUUUGUUAAACUAAAAUUAUUAAUGAAUUUCAAUAAGUACAAUGAAAGAAUUUAGCAUAAACUAUCAGCAAAAAUAAACAAAUUUAAAGACCGGACGCGCGAGGCAACAAAAUAAUGUGCAAUGUCAAAAUUUGUUUUUGAUAGUAUGCUACCGAAGUAUCCACAGUUUCAGCCAUUUAUCAGUUCACAUUUAACUUCAACCUCACAAAAUUCGUCAUCAGCAGCUGUUGCCGCCGCCCUCGCCGCCGCCGCAGCUUCCUCAACGGCUUCCGUUAAUACCUUAGCCAACAGCUUUAACAACAACAACGGCAUUAACUCCAACAAUCACCAUAGCGGUAGUCACAUAUCAUCUGUUGCCGUCCACUCAUCGUCUUUAUCACCAUCGACGUCCAGCCUCAAUAUUAGCAGCAGUCAUUUAAACCAGUCGUCCAACUCACCGGUGUCCUCGUCUUCGCCGUCGUCAACUACUUUCGGAGCCCUUUCAAGUCAACAACAGCAAUUGCAGCAAAACCACCAACACCACCAUCAGCAACAACAACAUCACAACCAAUAUUCUUUGUCGGCCGCCUUGCAUUUACAACAGCAGCAACAACAAUUACAUAUAAAUAAAUUAGCUGCCGCUGCCGCAGCAGUCAGUUCCCAAAGUGGUAACGGUCUGGGUCACACUCACAGCAUUCAACAGCAACAGCAAUUGUCCCAUCAGCAAUUGUUACUCACACCCCCCUCUGGAACUAACUCCCAAGCAGGAGAUAGCAGUUGCUCACCGUCGCCCUCAGCCACAUCAUCUUCGCUGCAUCGCAGUAUCAGCGAUCACUCACCCACCGCCGCGUCCGCCGUUGCUGUUGCAUCCGCUGCAGCCGCUAGCACUGUAGCAGCAGCCGCAGCCGCCGCCGCCGCUGCCUCAUCUUUUGCAAUACCCACCAAUAAAAUGUAUCCAUACGUAUCAAAUCACCCAUCAUCGCACGGCAUCUCUGGCAUGCCGGGUUUUUCCGGACUGGAGGACAAAUCAUGCAGCAGGUACACAGACAGUAUCAUGAACAGUUACCAAUCAAUGAGUGCACCCGCCUCUGCAUCUAGUUUUGCGCAGUUUUAUCAACAUGCCGCUGCUGCGUCAGCAGCUUCUGCAGGUGCUGUUGGUGUUGAUUCGCUCGGAAACGCUUGCACGCAGCCGUCAUCUGGCGUUUUAUCCACAGGUGGCGCUGGUCAGAGUAUUGCAGAUUUGCCAAGAUAUCCAUGGAUGACUUUAACAGAUUGGAUGGGAAGCCCCUUUGAGAGAGUCGUCUGCGCAGACUUUAAUGGUCCGAAUGGUUGUCCACGUCGUCGUGGUCGUCAAACAUAUACACGAUUUCAAACACUUGAGUUGGAGAAGGAAUUCCAUUUUAAUCACUAUCUAACCCGCCGACGACGAAUUGAAAUCGCCCAUGCACUUUGUCUUACUGAGCGUCAGAUAAAAAUAUGGUUUCAGAAUCGACGCAUGAAAUUGAAGAAGGAACUACGUGCCGUAAAAGAAAUCAACGAACAGGCUCGUCGCGACCGCGAAGAGCAAGAAAAAAUGAAAGCUCAAGAGUCCAUGAAAUCCGCCCAGCAAAAUGUUAACAAACAGGUGCAACAACAGCAACAGCAACAGCAGCAACAACAACAACAGCACCAGCAACAGCAACAGGAUCAUCAUUCGAUCAUUGCACACAAUCCAGGGCAUUUGCAUCACUCCGUCAUUGGUCAGAAUGAUCUUAAAUUAGGUUUGGGAAUGGGUGUUGGUUCGGGAGUGGGAGUGGGAGUGGGCGUUAGCGGUGGUAUCGGCGGUAAUUUAGGCAUGAUGAGUGCGCUCGAAAAGAGCAAUCAUGAUUUGCUCAAGGCUGUAAGUAAAGUUACUUCGUAAAUUCGUAAACACAAAAGCAUUAAUAGCGAACGCAAACAUAGCCUAUGGGAGAGCAGUUGUUGCAUAUAUGGCUAAUAUGUAUAUGCCACAAUAAUAUGUGGUCAAUGGUCAAUGGGAUUAUGCUCGACAGAAAAGGAAUAACACAAAUACUAAACAAAAGAUGAUAACUUAAAUACGUAAAACAUUUUACUUAGUAAAUUAGUUACAUAAGCCUGAAAACUAUAAAUUUAUAUAUACUAUACUUAAACCUAAAGUAUCACAUCAGAUAUUUAUAUGUAUCUGCAUAAAUAACUAUAUAUACAAAUAUAUACUAUAUAUAUAUAACACAUCAGUACAUGCAUG